AGAAUGCAACAUGAGGCUUGAUAGAAUUAUGAUGUCGGGUAUCCAGAUUUUAUUACUUCUUUCCCUGUACUGCCGCAAUGUAGUACAAUCCUCUUCCCUCCUAGAAGUGAAGUUGAAAAUGUUCACAGACUCCAAUUUGAAACUCUAUCCUUCAAAUGGCGAUGAUUCAGUUGUCUGGACUACAUCUAAUCGUCAGACUUCCCUAAUUGAGGAAACGCGCUCUCACCUUGAGCAGCUGUUCCAAGUGAUCGAGAACAAUUUGCUAGAUUCCAAAGCUGGGAUUUCGAAACUAUUCGGAAAUGAAAAUAAAAACGACGCUGAGUACAGCGAGCAAGAUUGCUGUCAAAGUUCCAUUUUCGACGGUAAUCUGUCUCAAACUGAAAUGACCAACAAAAAAGUAGCUUGCCAAAGAACAUUCUCGGUGGAUGAAAACUCAGACCGUCCAAUGUGUAAUUCUAACAUUCAGAUGUCAAAAGAGUUCGUUCAUUCCUGGAAGAAUAAGGAUAUAUGGCAGGAAAAGGUGGACCAACAGUGGUACAUUUCGCUUCACGAUAAUUGCGUGAGGGCUUUUAUUUACCCAGCUAAACGCGACAGUUCUAUCUGCCCAGAUCCCGCAGGUUUGCACAAUACUAAGAAGGAAGCUAUUGCAAGUGUUAUGAUUCCUCAUAAACGUCACUGGGCUUUUGUGUUUGACACUGAAACCUUCAGCUUGAAUAAUACAGCCACACUUUUCAUGCCGAUGGCUGCGAAAUGGGCCUUUUCUGCAGCACAGUUUUCUGGACCUCUGGAUACGUUCACGAUUUCCGGCUGGCCCGAAAAUAAAAGCGAAGCGGAGAAAACAGUUCAUUGUGAGAGCCGAGAGCGCAUGCUACAGUUUUUCAGCACUCAUAGUUUGCCGGGUCACGUAAAGAAAUUGUUCAGCGAAAAUGGAACUCAAAAGUUUUCGUCAAUGAGUGAGCAAAUGGAACGUGCCAUGAAUUCAUUUGACAAUUUGGGAAACGAAACUGAAAAGGUUUUGAUCGUUUUUAGUCCGAUGAAACCAGUGAACUUCAAAACACAGUAUGAAAGAAUUCUGAAAAUGAAGCCGCGUUUCAAAAAUGUGAGUCUGGUUGUUUUCAGAAUGGGCAACAUAAUUUUGCAGUCCAGCACGAUUGUCGAUUACUUUUGGACUACUUCAAAUCAAACUAGCUGGAAAGAUUUGGACCCUCUGCUGCGAAGCAAAAGCAUUCAGUUCGUUACUCCUAUUAGUGGAGCAGAAACGCUGAGUAUUUCCCAACUUUUUCCAAGAAGCUCCGCCUAUUUUUUGAACAAGAAACAGACAAAGAUUACCUAUUCGUACCCAAAAAUGGACAAAACGUCUCUUAAAAUGUCCAUUUCGGCCAGUGUAAAGAAUCCAAAAACUGGAAUGCUCGAUGGAGUCAUUGGCGUUGAUUUGAAACUGGAAUCAAUUUUGAACGAUCUGAAAUAUCAUAUUGACGAAAAUAAGACGAUUUUCAUCGUUGAUCGGAAAGGGUCUGUGAUCUUCCACCGAAUGUCCAUGUAUAAACGAGAGGAAGGAUUCGUCCCCAUCACAAUUGUGGAAAAGCCAUUGUUUUAUUUCUUCGCAGACGUUGUGAAGUCAGAUCCUGGCAGGUUUUUCGAAAAUAUUCUGAUAAACUCCAAGGCAAAAGAGUUGGAAAUUAUAUACGAGAAAAAAAUUUACCAGUAUUCGUGCAGUCAAUUAGCUAGAAGUCCAUUUGUUGCAUGUACAGUUUUGAUUGGAAGUAACAAUGUGAAUGACAUAACUUUGGAAAGUGCUUUGAAAAGCGUCGAUUUAAACCGCACUGCGUAUUUUUCUCCAGUUCGCCCUAGUGUUAUCUACCAUGAUGCGGUUGACCAUCAAGAUAAAGAUGAGACCUGCAAGUAUUUCAACACAUUGUCUUUACCCCUAAUGAAUAAAGUCGGACUGUUUGUGUCGAAAAGGGCUCUGUUUGUGUACACUCAUAAACUGUCUAGUUUGAUGGGAGACCGUGAUAGGUUUGAACAGUUUUUUCUUCAUCUUCACGACAUAAAAUCAAUUAUUCAUUACCCUCAAACUGAACCUCUGUUCAAGAAUCACUCGAUUGUGAGUCUUAGAUACCUCCUAUUCCGUGCGUUGCAAUGGAGUUCGGACAAAGAUAUAAUGAAUGCCUCGUUUAUCCGGCGUUAUGCGGCGACUAGCGAUGGCUUCAUGAUUGUUCAACCGGCUGUGAAGUUGGACAAAAAUAUGGAUAUAAAUCAACUCAACUGGUUUCGAAAAGCGGCCGAGGGUGGACCGUACCAGCAUUUCUCGUCGCCGUGGUUGGAUUCCUACGAGGCCGGAUAUGUUGUCUCGGUUUCAUGGAAGGUUCCAGUGUCUGAUACAGAUUUUGUGGUCUUAGGUUUCGAUGUGACGGUUGAGAGUCUAUACGCGCAUACGUUGUAUAACACCCAAAAGAAUCCUGAAAAGCUGGAAUGUAAUCCUGAAGCUGGCAAAGAUUGUUUCUUGUUUAACGAGGAUGGCUACAUAGUUGCAUACUCGCAAAUGUGGAAUUCAAGUUUGGACUCAAAUGCCAAGCAAGGAUUACCAGGCUGGAAAUGGAGAGAUAUCAACAUGUUCAGCGUCGCGUACAGGGAAUCUGACUUCUUUGAGUUCCUUACCGGGAAAUCCGACUUCUACAGCAAGCAUGAGUGUUACGAUUACAGCCAAGGACAUUUCAGAUUCUCACAGAAGUUUAAUCUUGAGAGUAAAGUCAGCUUCGUUAAGCCUAAUAACGCUAACGGGACCAUGUUCAGCGUGCGAAGAGUAGAGAACACGAAUCUUUUCCUAGGAGUGCGAGGCAUUGUUGACCAACGUGACCCUAAAAGUAUACUGUUCUGUUUCUGUCCCAGAACUCAAAAUGAACGAUGUUAUGCGAGGCGACCCUUUGAUAACAGAUGUUGGUGUCCCUGUGUAUACCUGGACAACGCCGACGAUAACUGCAAAAGUUACGAACCUCAUUCGGUUCAAGCGUGGAGUGCAUGUGAACCUCAACCAGAAACCCUGAAAAUGGGCGAAAUCGGAAGUCUUCAAGAGGUAAGAGAUUGCAUUGGUUUUACAUGUUCUGCUCUAACAGAACAAAGCAAGUGUGAUCAAAACCGCGAAUGUCGUUGGUGCGAGUAUGAACAAGUCGUGUUCCGGUCGAACAGCUCACGUACUAUUUUCCAAAUGGAAAACAAUCGAUGUGAGCAGUUGGAUAACUGUUACAUGCGAGUCAGAGGCUUCUCUCCUUAUGAGAAAGCUAGGUACUUCAGAGGCAAUGAUGCGCAGCACUACUCACAUCAAGGUGGGGGCUCCUCAACGACCACUCCCAUAGGUCCAGUGGCAGGUGGGGUUCUUGCCAGCUCAAUUGUGAUAGCUCUUGCUGUGUUUCUAAUCCGACACGAGAGACAGCGACGUCAAAUGAUUGCUAUGUACAAUGCCAACUAUACCUCAGAUGUUAAUGUUCAAAUGGCACCCCAUGAAAUCGAUGACUAUUCGCUUGAGCAAGAGGAAGAUGAUAUUGGAUAUAUGAACCCGAUGCUACAUCCGUUGCCCAUAAUUGCAAUUCGAAAUGAUAGAAGACAUCAUCACCCUAGAAGCUACGCAACAGACAGUGAUCAUGGUUAUAGUACUAUGAGUCCGCAUGAAGAUAGCGAGCCAAAUCCAGGAGCAUAUUCAGACGCCACUUCAGUUGACAGAAGUGUCAUCGAGCAUAAUUCCCCGACCGACGAAGAAUCCGAAAGGUCCUCGACAUGCACUGGAGUUUCGGCUUCGACGAUCGCGAAAGCGAAGAAGCGAAUCCAACAGCAAAGACAGCUUCACGGCACCGGAACUUUAGCGAAUUUAGCGAGUAAAAGCAAUAAUCUAUUGACUGAAGCUUCAACCUCAAGUCCAAUGAAAAGUGACAAGAUGCAAGCUGUGAGCGAGCCUUCAGUCACAGAUAUCGGCAGUGGAUCCGAGAUCGAAGCGGAAGUGCACACGGUUCCGACAGCUACAGUGGCGCUUGCUUUUUGCUAAUACUAUUAUCCUCCCCCUCCCGAUGAUCCGUUCUAUUACGUAUCUUGAAUCAAGAGGCGGCUGCUGCUGAAGUUUUUAAAUGCCAAUCAGAAACUCGAAAAGAAAAAUGCUCAUUCAUAACUAAGUUAUGGCUUUGUAGCAACUUUUUUUUCUAUUUUGCUUUCUUGCUCAUUUCCUAUUUUUAUAAAUCACAUAAUAUCUAUAACUAUUUUACUUAUUUUGAUAAUAGUUUUGUCACUUACGUUAAAUAACUUAGCAGUUAAACUGACGCAAUUGUUUUGAUCCAUUAAUAUGUUUGAUAGCAGCAUGCUUACCAAACAGUUCUCGUAAUAAACCAAUUUUGAAAAAGCUUUAUAAAUUCUUCAAAAGUUCGUGUUCAUUUUAAAUGAUAUUGUGUAGUUUUACCUGUAAUGAGCUAUUUGUAUAUAGAAAUACAUUAAUAGUUCAUAAAUAAUAGUUUAUUUACUGAUUAAAAAGACACUUUGAAGAAAUUUGAUCCAAUAGUUUUUAAUUAGACAUCUUCUUCAAUAAUUCUUUCCAAUAUUGAUGUUCAUAUGUUUCAUUAAAUUUCUAAUCAAGUUUGUUUAGCAUUUCGAAUAGUUUCGUUAGUUUACUUGAUGUGUUCUAGUUAUGGUUAUUUUUGAAGUUUCGCCACAGUCCAAUCGCACUUUGUAUGUCUUUAUUAAAAGUCACUUUGACGACGAUACAUCUCAAACCAUAAUUUUCCGACAAAUGCAACUUGACGCGACAGAAUUGGCUCACAGUAAAUAGCAAAUUAUUAAAUAAAUAAGCAUUCCUCCGUUCAAAUAGC